GUUGGUUUAGAACUACAAAUACUUUUAGUUCAGGGUUGUCUCGGCACCUGAUACAGAAAACCAUUUAUAAACAUCUCUGUGUCCCAUUUCGCAUAUUUUCUUGAUGAAUAUAUUUAGAGUAUCAGUAUUUUUAGCUCAAAAAUUUAACAUUCCAAUUGUCUUUCGAGCACACGGACCUUUCAGCUCACUUCUUUGAUUACAUUCACUAGCAAGAAAUUCUGAUGCACUCGCAAGGUCUGUGUGUUGCACUCGCAAGGCUCAUAAUGGAAGAAGAGGAUUUCAAGAAAUUACCUGCUGAGGAGAAAUGUGUCCACAAAGUUUGGAAAGUAAGAGUAGCGGGCUAUGAAGAGGUGACAAAGCUUUUUAAGCAAAUUGAUGAUGAGAAAUCAUCUGAAUUCAGCAAAUAUUUAGGAUUAGUGAAAAAAUUUGUUGUGGACAGCAAUGCUGUUGGCCAAGAAAAAGGUCUUGAGGCCACAUUAGCCUAUGUGGAAAACUAUGCUCAUGCAGGAAAGACAGUAUCUGAGGUUAUGUCUGGCAUUGUAUCAAAAUGUGUAGCAGCACAAAAAACAAAGACAAGGGAACUGGCACUUCAGUUGAUUUUGAUGUACAUUGAAAUAGAGAAACAGGAGGCUGUCCAAGAAGAGCUCAUCAAAGGCAUGGAGGCAAAAAAUCCAAAAAUAGUGUCUGCGUGCGUCAAUGCGUCCACGGUAUCGCUCAGGGAGUUUGGUUCAAAGAUAGUCAAUGUCAAACCAUUAUUGAAGAAAAUAAGCACAUUGUUAGCUGACAGAGACAAAACAGUUCGAGACGAAACCAAAAUGAUGAUUGUGGAGAUGCAUCGCUGGAUUGGCGCCGCAUUGAAACCUCAAUUACAAGCAGCUAAUCUUCAAGCAGUCCAAAUGACAGAGCUGGACGCUGAAUUUGCAAAGAUUGAAGGUCAAAAGGCAUCACCAACAAGAUACAUCAGAUCACAGCAGGCCAAGCAAGCAGCUAUGGCGGCUGAGGAAGCAGCAAAUGGUGAUGAAGGAGAUGAGGAAGAAGAACAUAAUGAUGAGGCAGUUGCAGUGGAUCCUUAUGAAUUAGCAGAUCCAGUAGAUAUACUUUCCAAGCUACCAAAAGACUUUUUUGACAAGAUUGAGGCAAAAAAAUGGCAAGAAAGGAAAGAGGUGCUUGAGAUCUUAGAAAAUCUAGUAAAAACACCCAAACUUGAGAAUGGUGACUAUGGGGAUCUUAUAAGGGCACUGAAAAAGGUAGUGCAAAAAGACACGAAUGUAAUAUGCGUCGCUAUCGCUGGGCGAAGUAUAGCAGGCAUUGCCAGUGGAUUAAAGAAGAAAUUCCAGACUUAUGCAGGAUUUGUUGUGCCAGCAUUACUAGAAAAAUUCAAAGAGAAGAAAUCCAAUGUUGUUUCUGCAUUAAGGGAAGCUAUUGAUGCUACAUACCUCACUACAACUUUGGAUGCCAUUCUGGAUGAUGUCUUGGAAUCCUUGAAUAAUAAGAAUCCGUCAGUUAAGUUGGAGUCAUCGUUAUUCUUAGCGAGAGCAUUCACGAAAACUUUAGCAACUUCUGUGAAUAAAAAGUUGCUGAAGGCCAUAACAACUGCCUUAGUUAAGAAUAUCAAUGAACCUGAUCCAUCUGUGAGAGAAGCAUCAGCAGAAGCUAUUGGUACUCUAAUGAAACUGGUUGGUGAAAAAGCCAUGGCGCCAUAUAUCAUCGAAUUGGAGAAAGAUAAUCUCAAAAUGGCGAAGAUCAAAGAGUUUUGUGAUAAAGCUGUCAUAACUGUGAAAGUACCUGGCAUGAAGAAGGAGAGAGCAGUUACUGCACCACCAAAAGUAGCUGCGCAAAAAUCGGCGUCUUCGAGUGCGGUCCCUGGUGCAGGUGCUAAAAAAGCUGAUCCGAAAAGAAAAACUGUGAUAAGUUCAGGUUCUGCAACCGUGGUAAGGUCUAAAGGUACAAAGCCGAUUCAAAAGUCGCCAUCUCAGAGUAUUGAAAAAGAACUAUCAGAUGAAGAGAUUGACGAAAUAAUAUCUGGAUUACUUGAAGCGAGUGUUAUUGAAGAUCUCGCAAGUAUCAACUGGAAAACAAGACUAGCAGCAGCUGAGCAAUUACAAUCGACAAUUCAAAUGUGGGAUUCUAAAUCAGUACCAAUACAAGCAGUUAUAAGGUUUAUUUGCCGCAAACCUGGGUUAAAGGAUACACACUUUCAGGUAUUGAAGCAGAAGUUGGAAUCUGUCCGCCAACUAGCCGAGAUGUGCCGUUUCGGACAGACAACAGUGGAUGCCUGUCUGGUUGACAUCGCUGAGAAGUGCGGCGACGCCAAGAACGGUGCCACGGCGAUGGCGGCGCUCACCGCAGUCGCCGAGGCUGCCGGAGGACUGUUCAACGUCGCGACGCCCGUGCUGGAGUAUGCGUUCCAGCAAAAGAGCCCUAAGGUGCAACAGGAACUGUUGGGGUGGAUGGCCAACGCCAUCACAGAGUUUGGCUUCGGUAACAUGAAUGUGAAACAACUAAUCGAACAUUCAAAGAAGGGUUUGUCUUCAUCGAAUCCUGGCGUUCGACAAUCUGCAAUCAGCUUACUGGGCACAAUAUAUGUUUACGUGGGCCCCACCUUGAUGGUAUUUUUAGAAAACGAAAAGGCUGCUGUGAAAGAUCUGAUCAACGCAGAAAUUGAAAAACAUGAAGGUGAAAAACCGCCAGCUCCUAUCAGAGGAGUGAAAAAAUCGGCAAGCAGCAAUAGUCUUGAUGCAGUGGAAGAUGACGAACCUACAGAACCAGAACCUGUGAACAUACAAGACCUUAUACCAAGAACUGACAUUAGUGGACAGAUUACAGAAACCCUGCUGAACGAACUAGCAGAUAAAAAUUGGAAAGAAAGAUGUGAGGCACUGGGAAAGAUCAACACAAUCAUACAGGAAGCAAAAUUCAUCAAAUCAAAUUUGGGUGACUUACCUCAAGCAUUAGCAACAAGACUAUCAGAUAGCAAUGCUAAAAUUGCUCAAACUGCAAUCAAUUUAUGUGACACGAUUGCAAAAGCUAUGGGGUCACCAUCCAAACAGUACAUCAAAGUGUUUUUCCCAGGGCUCUUGCAAGCUAUGGGCGACAGCAAAAGUACGACAAGAUCGGCAGCGCUGGACGCUGUCAAUGCUUUCGCAGAGCAAUGUGGAUACAGAGAGUUCUUUGAAAAUGAGAUGGUUAGUGAUGCACUCAAAAGUGGAUCUCCAGCACUCAGAGUUGAACUGUGGAAUUGGCUAGCUGAACACCUACCUAAAGUUACUCCAAGAACUGUUCCUAAAGAAGAGAUUGUUUCGCUAGUACCUUAUUUGUACAAUAACUUAGAAGACAGAAAUGCUGAGGUGCGCAAAAACGUGCAAGAGGCCAUUUUAGGUGUGAUGAUGCAUUUAGGAUAUGAAAGCAUGCUUAAACAGACUGAAAAAUUGAAACCUGGUUCUAAGAACGUUGUUGUAGCCGCACUCGAUAAGGUUAGGCCAAAUUUACCAGUAACUGCCUUGCCAAAGAAGCAGACUGUUGAAAAGGAAGAUAAAGCAAUUAGGGGCACUAAGCCAGCUGGAAAUGCGAAAAAUGCAGCCAAGUCCAAGGGUGCUGCAGGUUCAAAAUCUGCACCAGCAGCUGCAGGUCGAAAAAAAGAAGAAGACAUCGAUACAUCUCCAUUACUGUCAGUUAACAACCUGAAACAUCAAAGAACGAUAGAUGAAACAAAAUUGAAGGUGCUAAAAUGGAACUUUACUCAACCUAGGGAAGAGUUUGUGGAACUAUUGAAGGAUCAGAUGAUGACUGCUAACGUGAACAGGACGCUUAUUGCAAAUAUGUUCCAUUCUGAUUUCAGGUAUCACAUAAAAGCCAUUGAAUCAUUAAAUGAUGAUCUACCAGACAACAGUGAAGCAUUGAUUGCCAAUUUGGAUUUGAUUUUGAAAUGGCUGACUCUCAGAUUCUUCGACACUAAUCCUUCGGUUCUGCUCAAAGGAUUAGAGUACUUGCAGUCUGUAUUCAAUAUGCUUAUAGACACUAGGUAUAGAAUGUUGGAGUAUGAGGCAUCCUCGUUCAUCCCUUAUUUGGUAUUAAAGAUUGGUGAUCCUAAAGAUACUGUACGAAAUGGAGUAAAGGCUUUGUUAAAUCAGACGAACAAACUGUAUCCUGUGAACAAACUUUUUACAUACAUUAUGGAAGGCAUCAAGUCAAAAAAUGCUCGACAAAGAGCCGAAUGUUUGGACGUUUUGGGAUCGCUAAUCGAGGACUUUGGAAUAAGUGUUUGUAUGCCAACUCCAGGAGCUUGCAUGAAAGAGGUUGCUAAGCAGAUAUCGGAUAGAGACAACUCCGUCAGGAAUGCAGCUUUAAACUGUGUUGUUCAAGCAUAUUAUAUCGUAGGCGAGAAAGUAUACAAACUUGUAGGAAACAUAUCUGAUAAGGAUAUGUCUUUGCUAGAAGAAAGGAUCAAAAGAGCCAGUAAAAAACAGCAUCAACCAAAAGCUGCCGAGAUGUCAACGGUUGUGCCCAUUUCCCCUCAAAAAGAAGUAUCUCACAACCGUACUAUCGUCGUGGAGGACCAGGAUAACACCUUAGAGGCGGAUGAGGAGGAGGCUGUUGAAGAGGAACAUCUACCUCCGAUGCCGGCCAUUCAAACACGCAUUCAAGAUACAUCUCGUGAAGAGUUCCAAGGCCCCUACAAAUUGGAUCCGGACUAUUUGCACCAACUUGACAACAUGGUGACACCCAUUCCGCCGAUACCUCAAAUGAAACUGGUGGACCUGUCAUUCCUAAACGAUGAAAUCAAAAUGCCCACAUUAGAUGAAGCCAGGCAACAGGUUAAAGAAAAGGCUAAAAUAUUGAUGGAACAACGAAAGGUUUCCUCGCAACAAACAAGAUUGAGUGAUGCGAUGGCUGAAUUGGAAUUGAAUAUAAGCAAAGGAAACAGCCCCAGGAAGACCAAGUCUGACCCUGUUAUCGAACAGUUACUACGACAAGCGGUAUCUGAUAACCCCACCACAGCAUACAUGGCUAUGACGCAGUUACAGGAAGUACUUAGUCAGCCUAAAGGCCUCAUGUUGGCUGAAUAUGAAGAUGAAUUUUUCAAAGCAUUGAUUAAACAAUUCAAGAAUCUGCAACAUGCAAAUCCAACUGUUGAUUCGUCCGUUUGCAAAAUGUAUAGAAGUCUGCUCACUGUAAUUGAUAGCUUCUACUUCAAAAAAGUGUUGGGCAAAAAACUUUCUGUACAAACAAUAAAAUCGUUAAUGGACACAUUAAUAACGUUAAUAGUCGAAGAAAAGUUAAACAGUCUACCUGGAGCUGAGGAUUAUAUAAAGGUUGUGAAUCUCCACUGUGUCAGGGUUAUUGAAAGAUCUGAUCAUACCAGUGUCAUGUGUGCUUUGAUUCAACUGAUCACCGACUACAUAGCUCAAGAUAGAUCACCAAGGCAUGUAGAUUUAGUGACAAAAUGCCUAUGGCGUGUGAUUAAACUAAUGCCAGGCUGGGAGGACUCAGUUGACUAUGAUUAUGUGCUACUCGAGGUGCAUAACUUCCUGAAGAAGUUCCCUUCAUCGUGGUGGAAGAGCAAGCAGGUGGAUACUCCUUUGAGAACCAUCAAGACCAUAUUGCAUUCUAGCACCAAGAUCAAGGGCGGCACCAUUAUGCUACAUCUGGGGAAGAUACCUAACACAAGUGAAUCAGAAGUAGAGUCCUAUAUCCUAAGGUUGCUAAAGAGCCUGAACAUAACAGAUGUAGCCCAACCUGCUCCAAAAGUAGAUCCACCCCGAAAAGUUCUAUCAAGAGCCAAUCAAAACAUGUUGACCGAGAUAUUUCAAAAAAUCGGCAGUACGCAUGAGACCAAGGAAGGUUUGACUUUGCUGUACGAUUUCAUGCAUCACCAUCCAGAGGCUGAAGUGGAGGCGUAUUUGAAAAAAUCGACAAAGUUCUUCCAAGACUACGUCAAAAAAGGCCUAUCGGAAAUCGAGGAGUCAAGGAGGAAGCCAAUGGAAAUCAGUAAGUUUUGUAUCCUAUGUCGUAUUAUCCCGCUUUGGUUCCUAAAAAUUACGCUGAAUAUCUCCAAACCUCGCGAGGCUCGGAACACGCAGCGAGGAGCUACUUCCUUAUCAACCUUGGCAGUUCUCUCUUUCUAAUUUUUUUGUAUUCGCCACUGAUGAUCUUGAAUGUUUCAAUCGGGUCCCCUCGCAAUCUCAACGAGUGCUGUCAAAUUCAUAGCCCUUAGACGUUGUUCAUAUGGCAAAUGUAUCUCUAGUGGAAUUUUUUGGUAUUGUGAGUUUCCCAUUGAAAUUUUUUAAAAACGAGAUAUUAAGUUUUUUGGAUGUGAUAUAUGACCUGUACAUCACGAAAAACCAUGUUACUCAUUUCCGUCAAUCUGUAAUCUUGAGAAGUACCGUUCGGAAUUCUGAUGAAAUUUUUACACAAUGUUACCACUAUGGCAAGAAUGCAAAAGCUUUGUAGUUCUUGAAAAUCGGUCCAGUGGCAGCAGAGAAAAGAGCCAGAAACGAAAAAUAAAACACCUCCAAACCUUGUUUUUUGACGUUUCAGACGACCCGUAUCAUUUUUGAAAAAAUUUGCAGGUAAAAAAACUUGGGAAUAGUGGUGGUACGGAGGGUUUAAUUCAAAUAUUUGAUGUUAGUACAUUUAUUUGCUUCCAACCUUGGUAUUCUAUACGCUCCUAUCAGACAUAUUUCUCAUAUUAUAGACUUCUCCGUACAUUAGCCCUUUUUUUUCGGCACUACAUAAGGGGCCAGGCUUUAGGCAUAAUCCCUUUGCGAGAGCUUCAGUCAUAGCAUAAACUAGUGUAUUGCAUGAAGUGGAUUCAUAUUUUUUUGGAAAUAUUGAUGGAAUAUUGUCACAAAGAGCUCUUGUGAUUUUAUUUAGCGGCCAGACAAUCAUAAAGUUCUAUUGUAAGGAUUUCUUUUUCAGCAGAGGUUGACGUUCAUGUAGAAGGAAACGGAGAUGCUGUUCACGCCUCUGAUAAUAAAAAAGACGCUGCAUAUUGGGAACAAAAGUUAUCACAGCUGAAUAGGAUGUGUGAUGAAUAUAUUCCUGGGCAAGAUUUUUGUAUGCCAGAGUAACUUUAAAAGCCAUAUAUUGUUGAACGAUUUGGCCAUAUACGUGAUGUCUGUGAACUCCUUUAGUCAUUUCAGAUUGUUCAUUCAAAUUUUAUAUGUGCACCCUCAUUGAUCUGAAGGGAACGCGACCUCCCACGCCUCAGUGGGCGUGCACGUUAAUACUCUCUUAAACGACUGGAUUCGUUAUUUAAUGACAAUAUCAAUAUUCAGAUAUAUUUAUUUGUUAAGUUCGGUCCAACAUUGAUUCGAGACCGCGCCCGAAGGGAUGUACGUAUCCAACAUAACGUAUAUUUAGAUCCCCCUUUUAACAAAAUGGCUAAAGGAGAUUUAUCUGUAGGUACUGUGUGAUUGGACGAUACUUUUGCUAUAUUGUUUGUGCUGAUAUUUGCGAAUGAUAGUGCAUGUGUUUUAUGAUUUUACUUCAACAUAAUCUAUUUAUGUACAUAGGUCUCCGCACGUACAGGCGUAAAUGACAAAAAAAAAUCGAAAAUAGAGUUACCCCAUAAUUUCACAUAUUUUUUGUAGUCUCUCACCUCAUGAAGUGAAGUAACUGUAUAUCAGUUCGCUGCUUGGAAAUAAAAUUCUUAAAAAUUGCUUAAGUGUUAGAAUUCUGGAAACAAUUUUCACGUAUCGGUUAAAAUAGAUUUACGCCUCUGCUAAAACUCAUUUUACUUUUACAGAAUUAAACCAUCCCAAAACAAAGUUCUACAUAAUUCUAGUCUAACAAAAAAACGGCAACGUGCAGACUAAAAAAUCAGUACGUCAUAUUCAAUCUUAUUUAUUGCUGAUUUUCAUUUUCCAGCUCUCCUCUAAAAUUUGUAAAAUGUUAGUUACGCCGGCGCCGGUACGUGCGGAGACCGACGAUAUAAGCCAGUAUACUAGACAAAUAUGUCCAUUUAAAAAUCCCUGUUGUGAUGAUCCUCCUUUGUAUUUGAGACAUUUCCCAAAUUUAGAGUUGUUAAAUAUACUUGUAGUUUAUAUAGAAGACAUAGUUUGAUAAUAUUAAGCUUUUACAUCUAUUAUCCAACCAUUAAUUUUACUUGUAUUUCUGAACUGAUUUAUUUUUAGUGUAGUACACGUUUUUUACGAGUUUAUUUAAUAAAUUAUUACUACUUCCA